AUGGGUUCCCGCUGUGCCAAGCUCAGCACGGGCCAUGGCACAGGCCACAACUCAGGUCACAGCCGUGGCCAUGAAUCCUCCAUGAAGAAGCUUGUGGCCUGUGUGAGUCAAGAUAACUUCUCUCUGUCGUCGGAGGGUGAGGACGAGGAGGAGGAGGAGGAGGAAGAGGAAGAGGACGAGGAGGAAGAGGAAGAGGACGAGGAGGAACAGCUCCCAGUUCAGGGCAAGCUGCUGCUGAUGGAGCCCGAGCAGCAGGACGAGAGCAUCCAGGAUAACGGGGCAGCCCAGCCAAACCCUGAGCCCAAGCAGACGCACUCCUAA